UUACCAAUAGUCCAAUACCCACAAGUUUUGACUUUCCGAGGGUUUAACUAACAAGGAAAAAUUACCGUUUGCAAACGACGCCCCGUUCACCAGCAGCUGGCGAUUUCUUUGUGGUCUCCUCUCCUCACUCAAGCUCUCAAGUCUCAAGAGUGAAAAAUCUCCUACCCCAUAAAUCGAUUCCCCCUCAAAAAACAGCCCCAAUCUCUCUCUCUCUCUCUCUCUCUCUCUCUCUCUCUCUCUCACACACACACACACACACACAUAUCAGUCUGAUUUCGAAAAGCAGCGUUUGAAAGAAGAGGAAGAGAAUGGGAACAUUAGGUAGAGCAAUCUACACCGUCGGAUUUUGGAUCCGGGAAACCGGCCAAGCCAUGGAUCGCCUCGGCUGCCGCCUCCAAGGCAACCACUACUUCCAGGAACAGUUGUCUAGGCACCGGACCCUGAUGAACAUAUUUGACAAGGCUCCUGUCGUUGAUAAGAAUGCGUUUGUGGCCCCUAGUGCUUCUAUUAUUGGAGAUGUUCUGGUUGGACGAGGUUCUUCUAUUUGGUAUGGAUGUGUUCUCAGAGGUGAUGUGAACAGCAUUAGCAUUGGAUCUGGAACAAAUAUACAAGAUAAUUCUCUUGUUCACGUAGCCAAAUCUAAUCUAGCAGGAAAGGUUUUACCUACUAUAAUCGGCGACAACGUUACUGUUGGUCAUAGUGCUGUAUUACAUGGAUGUACUGUUGAGGAUGAGGCAUUUGUGGGUAUGGGUGCAACCUUGCUUGAUGGGGUAUUUGUCGAGAAACAUGGAAUGGUUGCUGCUGGAGCCCUUGUGAGGCAGAACACUAGGAUCCCUUGUGGAGAGGUGUGGGGGGGUAAUCCUGCAAAGUUCCUGAGGAAGCUUACAGAAGAAGAGAUUGCAUUCAUCUCCCAAUCGGCCACAAACUACAUCAACUUAGCACAGGUUCACGCAGCUGAAAAUGCUAAGAGCUUUGAUGAGAUUGAGUUUGAGAAGGUGCUCCGCAAGAAGUUUGCUCAUCGGGAUGAAGAGUACGAUUCAAUGUUGGGUGUUGUUCGAGAAACGCCACCUGAGCUCAUCCUUCCGGAUAAUAUCUUACCAGACAAAGCACCCAAGGCUUCCUAAACUGAGAUUUUUUUGCCCUCUUAGGUUAUCUCCCUUGUGGGAUUCCAUGUUAAGAAGGACAUUUUGUUUUGUUAUGGACAUUGGCUCGGCUGCCUUGCUUUUCUAAUAAUCUUCUCUUGGUUAAUGAGAAACUCUAACUUGUGUUUGUUA